AUGGGAAAAUUUGAUGUUUCACUUAUUCGAUAUUUAACUUCUGAAGAUUAUCGAGUUUUAACAGCAAUUGAAAUGGGUAUGCGUAAUCAUGAAUUAGUUCCAUUACAAUUAUUAGCUGUAAUUGCAUCACUUAAACAUGGUGGUUGUCAUAAAAUUUUACGUGAAUUAGUACGUUAUAAAUUAGUUGCAUAUGACGCUACAGCUAGAAGAAAAUCUAAUAAUAAUGAAGGUUAUCGUUUAACAAAUCUUGGUUAUGAUUACUUAGCAUUAAAAGCACUUGCUGCAAGAGAUGUUAUUAAUUCAGUUGGAAAUCAAAUUGGUGUUGGAAAAGAAUCAGAUGUUUAUAUUGUUGCAAAUGAAAAUGAUGAACAAAUGAUUUUAAAAUUACAUCGUUUAGGGCGAACAUGCUUUCGACAAUUAAAAAAUAAACGUGAUUAUCUUAAACACAGACAAAGUUUUAGUUGGUUAUAUCUUGCAAGACUUGCAGCAAUGAAAGAAUUUGCUUUUAUGAAGACUCUUUAUGAACAUAAAUUUCCUGUUCCAAAACCAAUUGAUUGCAAUCGACAUUGUGUUGUCAUGCAAUUGAUCGAUGGCUAUCCUUUAUGUAGUAUUAAAGAUAUUGAUGAGCCAGGAAAAAUUUAUGAUGAAUUAAUGUCAAUUAUCAUUCGUCUUGCAUCCUAUGGACUUAUUCAUUCAGAUUUUAAUGAAUUUAACUUAAUGGUAUCAGAUAGUGGUCUUAUAACCAUGAUUGAUUUUCCACAAAUGGUUUCAACAUCACAUUUAAAUGCUGAAUAUUAUUUUGAUCGUGAUGUUCAAUGUAUUCGAGAUUUUUUUCGACGUCGAUUUCAAUUUGAAACUGAUAUUUACCCAAAAUUUGCUGAUAUUAAACGUUUACAUUCAUUAGAUAAUGAUGUUAGAGCAAGUGGAUUUUCAAAAGAAUUAGAACGACAAUUUGAAGAAGUAUCGGAUACAAUUGGUCUAAGACAAGAUGUUGAAAAUCCCGACCAUUCAUUUGAAGAAGAAGAUGAAGAUGACGAGGAUAAUGAUGAUGAAGAAGAAGAAGAAGAAGAAGAAGAAGAAAAAGUGGAAGCAGAAGUAGAUGAAAAGUCGAAAUUACCAUCUUUGAAAAAUGAUGUAAUUACUAAAUUAGCAAAAAUCAUCGAUACUAAUGAUCUGUUAUCAUCUCCUGCCGUUGAUGAAUUCGGUGAAAAUAAAAAUUUUCUAUUUAAACCAUUUCACGAUAAAAAUGAAGAUGAAGAAGAAAAUGAUGAUAAUGAUGACACAAAAUCAACUGUAUCAACCUCACAUAAAUUAUCUACAUUAACGAUAGAUAAAGAUUAUGUACGAGCAAAAGUAAAACAAUCAUUAAAGAAGAAAUUAAAACAACAACAUCAUCGUUUAUGUAGUAAAGGUGAAGCAGCCUUAGUUACUGCACAACGACGUGAUCAACGAGACACAAUUCAAUUACAUCUUGAAUAA